UAUAGAAACUGAUAGUGACCACUUUCUUCUAGUUGGAGAGUGGAUCGUGUUCGAAGUGGACGUGGUAUAGAAAAAGUGAUCCAAGUUAUUUUCUCAACUGGAAAUUAAAGUUUCGCUUACCUCUAGCUUUUUAAAGUUCAUUUCUAAAAAUGGAUUACGAACAACUAUCGAAGAUCACGCCACUGAUAGCAGCAAUCAAGAAUAGAAAUGUGACUGGUGUACAAUCCGCUCUUGAUAACGGAGCAGACAUCAAUUUUCGUAUCGCUUUCGACGAAAAUAAAACUGCCUUGCACCACGCAGUUGCAGCUGGUGAUCCCAGAAUCGUGGAUUUAUUGCUUCAGAACGGAGCUGACCCAACCGUCAAAAGUAAGGAUGGAAAGAUGCCAAUAGAACUGAUUGUAGACAACGCAAGGAAGUCAACAAUAGAAGCAGUUUUCAAAAAGCAUGGAUGUGGUGUAAAACCACUACCAUCUCCAAACAGUGCUCCCAGUGUACCAGUUUCGACCUACAGCAAGCGCAAAGGAACGACCUCAAUUCGUGGUCAACUGUACGAGACCAAACUGUUGGCGCUUGUACUGUUUCGUGCACUUCAUCGGGAUGACAUCACCUCGUUUAAUCUGGCCACUAACGUUGAUGACGCAGGAGCAUUCGAUGACAUCGUGAUGCGGUAUACAGUCAACGGAACGGAUAAGUGCAUAUAUCUGCAGGCCAAACACAAAGAUUGCAAUGAAACUAACUUUAAGGAUAUGAUUGAUGGCUCAGAAAAGGGAGAUUUCAGUCUUUUAAAAUAUUUCAAAGGAUAUCUUGAAUUGAAAGUCAGAAAUGUGGCAGACAGCGAGUUUAUAAUAUUUACAAAUAUUGAAAUCAAUUGCAAAAUACCUAAUAACCUCGGUCUUACGACGCAUUCAUCUUCAGUUGAUCCAAAUAAUUUUUUUACACAUCAAGUAAAGGAAUGAGCAUCAAUUUAAAAGGAUCAUUAAAAAUAUUGCAUGAUUUUGCCCUGAAA